AUGGUAAAGCUUUUUUGUGCGAUUGUUGGUGUAGAGGGGAGCGUGUUCUCUGUAGAUAUCGAUGCAUCUCAGUCUGUGGCCGACUUGAAGGACGCAAUUAGAGCGAAGAAACCGAACGACUUUAAGGAUGUCCCUGCACAUUUGCUGCAGCUCUUUCUGGCCAAGAAUGACGCGGGCGUUUGGUUAUCGUCUCGCUCGCAAGACCGUGACGAAGCUGAAGAGGAAGGUCAAAAAACUGCUCUCGUCGAGUUGCUGACGGGACAAGAUCAAGAACUUUACAGGGAUAGGACCCACUUCAGGACUUGA